CAGACAAUUUGAGUAUCAACUUUGGCAACGAUAUUUUGAAAAAUAAAUAUUUGUAGGACUUAUUUUGUUGACACUCCUAUUCUUGUGGGCAACGGCCUUUUUCCUAUUUUGAUAAUUUUUAUACGGUUCCUAUUCUGCGCAAUCUCUUGAUCUCGAUCAAGUAUCGGGUCUUGGAUCACUGAGGGACAAACACAAGAUGCUGAAGUUGGUGUUCCUCUUCGUGGCAGUGAGCAGCCGCUGCUCUGUCUCCGUCCCCUUACCCGCAGACCACCACGGACCUACUCCGGUAGACGAGGCAAGGAAGAUCGGAGGCACCACAUCUAAUCUCGUAUUCGAUUUAAAAAAUUUUGGAAAACUUUCUAUCGGGACGGAGAAACCAAAAGUGCCAGCAAGUGGAGGAACUUUUCUUGCCUCACCAUCUACAAGCAGCGACACAAAGUCUACCUGGAGCAUCCUCGGGAUUAAGAACGACAAGCCAACCUUGCCGGGCAAAGCUGGCCUGGACUCACUCACUUCUGGAACGGGGGGAUUUUUUCCCUCAAUUCCCAAACCUUCUUUCUCAUCUAUACCAACUCCAACAUUCGGAAGUUUCCCUUCAUCGUCGUUCCCUUCAUUUCCGAGCUUAGACCCGGCCAGUCUUUUCCCUUCAGGCAUCCCCAAGCCUUCCUUGCCUAGCUUCUCGUUGCCCAAGUUGAAGCUCCCAGGCGUCGCGAGGGCUGACACUUUCCCUGGCGUUCCAGCGCCACAAACCCAGAUGCUUGUCAUCAGAUACCCAAACAUCGCUCAGUUCUUGAGAAAUGGGAUAGAUUUUCUUACAAGCAGUUUCAGCACCAUCUCGAACUUAUUCAGUGGAGGCCUCGGUAACUUCUUUGCAAAUAACAGAAUAACAAUUUCUGCGAAGGAACCAACCGAGUUUGACGACUUGGAUGUUUAGAUGUUCCACAUUUAAUUCAUCUAAAAAAUAUAUAAAAAGUUACGUCGUAAGCGACCAUUUUUCACAGUAAUCCUAUGACAUUCAUUCAAUAUAAUUGAAUAAACAAAAUGAACAGAGGAACUUUGAAAUUGCGCCAAAAUUCUCAAUAGUGUUGAAACUUAUUUAGCUCUUGUUCUUCAUGAAAUAAACCUCGCCAAAAACUAGACUACCCUACAAAUAAUAGAUUCCAUUUAUUGAAUAUUACGUUUUAUAGAAUUUUGCGUCGGUUGCUUUUGUAACAA